AUGCAUCCCCGAGAUCUGACCCUUGAGUAUGUGGUUGGAAGAUUGACUGAAGAAGCAGAAAGAAGGUCAGAUAGACAGGCUGAACUCCAAGAGCGGAGGAGUUACAGCCGAGGGGGCCAGCAGCAGAUGGAGCAACGCCAAGGUUUGGACUUGACCAUGGCGGUGAGGACUGCUAUAGAUGCAACCAACCCGGGCAUCUCCAACGUCAAUGCAGGGCAAGACUUCCAGGAAAAGACGUGGAGCAGAGACAGCAAUCGACGCAGAAAC